GAGACAUCAGUUGGGAAAUCCACCACUGAGUAACGACCAGUUUUAUCUUGUGUAUCUAGUGGGUGAGAUUCACUUAUACAGACUGGACGUGGUCCCUUUCUCCAGAAGGCAGAACUUGGUAAGACUGUGACCACCAGACGUAAUACUCAGGAAAUCAGGGGCUCAAUGUGUUACUGACUCACGACUUCUUCUCAGAGAAUGAACCUCAGAGCUGAGAGCCACUCACAACAUCCAACAACCAACGAUGAACCUGCUCUUCACGUUCCUCCUCUUAUGGACAUGCCAAGGAGGAAUUUAUAGCAAAGAGAAGAAGCCAUACUGUACUAUCCAGACUGGGUCAGUGCGAGGGAGGGAGGGAGACAGUGUCACUAUCCCGUGUUGGUUCAGUUACCCCGGGUAUCAAGGGAACAGACCCAACAAUCUGAGAGUCUAUUGGAGAGAAGCAAAGGAAUCCCCUUGUGGAAGCAACAUUAUCAUUUAUAAUCACACAGAGAACUGGGUCCAUGGAUCCUACACAGGGAGAAUCAGCCUGGAGGGAAACCCCAAGGAACAGAAUGUGGUGUCUCUCCGGAUCCAGAAGAUCAGACGCACGGAUGGUCCAAUGUUCUGCUGCCGCCUGGAACCAGAAGAUAAUGGAUUAGAACCAUUGCAAAGUCUCCAGGGGACAUUCAUACAAUUUCCAGGUGAAUUCUCAGUACAACAGGUGGAUACAGUUCCUGCCAUUGAGGGAGAAACCACCAUUAUCCCCUGUCUUGUUCAUUCUGCACCCGGGGGAAUACGGGAAGUAACAUGGCGGUGGGGGGACAGUCCUAUGUGUUCUGAUAACCCUAAUACUAUGAAAUGGACAUCAGAUGACAGGUCAGAGAAGCCCACAGAGUUCUCACUGGUGGAUUUCCCUAGAGACGUCUCAUUACGGAUUAAAGGAGUUGCUCCGUCCCAUAGGGAACAUUACUGCUGUGAGGUGCGAGUGAGAGAUAAAACUAAGUGUCCAAGGCACAGAGCUGGGAGUUGCAGCCUCUGCGCCCAGUGAUACCUUCUCUAUUACCCAGAGUCCAAAACUCACAGUCCAGUCUGGAGACUCAGCCUCCAUCAGCUGCACCUUCUCUUCUCCUCACAACAGAGACCCCUUGUGGGUGGGAGUUUACUGGCGAGUGGGGAACCGGACGGGACCAUUUGCCUAUCACCCCUCCCAGGAGAUGGUCCAUCCCAUGUACAAGGGGAGGACAGAGCUGAGGGGGAAGGCAGAUCUCUAUAUAAGGAACGUGCAGGAGGCUGAUAAUAACACCUCGUAUUAUUGUUUUGUCAUGCUCAGAUUUUGUGAGGACAUUAACAAGUUCAGUACAGAGACCAUUCAUGGGACAGGGAGCAGCCUGCAUGUGACAGUUCCUUCUCAAUGGAAACUGCACAUCAUUCUCAGUAUCCGCUGUGUCCUUCUCUGCAUCAUCAUCACCUGUGGGAUUCUGGGAUAUCGGAAGGUAAAAGGAGAUGUUGCUCGGGUGACAUUGUGGACCCUACAAUGAGAAGAUUUUACUACAAGUUCCCUUUAACUUAAAUGCAGAAAUUUACAGAAGUUUCUUUCAAUGCUUCUAAAGACAUUAAACACAACCAUAAUACCACCGCCUUAAUAAAGAGAUAUAACUAUUUAAUACACAAGAGCCAUGAAUAUCCUGUAAGUUUUAUCCUUAUAAAUGGUACGU